UGCUAUGGCGCGUGAAUUGUUGGUUUUGUAACUAUAACUUCUGGGUGAAGUUUGUUGCGCGCAAUUGUUGGACUUGCCCCAAAUGUGAACAAUACAAUGGAUUCACAAAGGAUGGCGACUACAACAAACCUUUAAUAACACAUGCAGACCAAGCCUUGAAGACGCCAAAAGUGUUCCGUAGCCCUCCAAAGAACGGCCUGUGCAAGAUGUGUAACAUAAACCAACAGCUCAAAGUUACACAGCUUGCCAAUUUCGUUCCCAUGAAUGAUAAGAAUUAUGAAGUAGAGAUUGAGACUUAUAGAAUGCAGUUAGAAAAGGCUUAUAAGCUAUGUAGCCCCUGUAAAAAGGUCCUACAAGUAAAACUGCACAAAGAAAAAGAAACUUUAUUAGGAAGUAAACUUUUAGAAACUAGGACUCCAGAAAAGAAAAACAGGAAGCAAGAUAUACAAAGCAAAAAACUACAGAGCUUUAUAAACAAAACCUCCAAAUUUGUAGCUGGAUUACUAUUUAUUCUGAUUUUGCUUGAAUGCUACAAAAACAUUAUGAAACAAAAGAAUUUACCCACCUUUAUACUAAAUGCUAAAGAAAUUAUAUCAAGUCUACUGAAAAGGGUAUACUCUAUAAUUAAAAUGAAGACAUUAAUGACAUUCCCAUCAUUAGAGAAUUACAUUAGUGAUGUAAAUAACCUUUUCUGUUUUGAUGUUUUGCCAAAAGAACUUAAUUUAAGAAAUGUAUAUACAGACCAUGCUAACAUGUUGACACAAAAAGCCAUGGGAGGCUUUAUAUGUCUAAUACAAAUUAUUGGACUUAUAUGGAAUAUAAACAAACUCAAAUAUAUCAUUGUUAUUGACUUACUAAUGUCAGUAUUUAUGAUUAUAUCCAUCGCUAACAAAACUAUGGCCAUGGACCCAAUAAUAAUGAGCUUAGUAAAGUUAUCUACUAUUGGAGCUGUCAUCGCUAUCUAUACAAGUAUGGAUGCGAGGACUACAAAACGUGUUAAAAGAAUGCCCAUAACACCACCAAAAAGAAUGAAGAACUUGACAAGUCCACCAAAGCAUUUGAUUGAAGAUGAAGAAAUGUCUACCAUGGAAACAGAUGACGAUGUGUCACUUAGUAAAUAUGGCUUGCGAGACUUCUCAGAUUCCUCCCGUGAGACGAUAAGCCCUCUGAAUAAUAGUUUAAUCAAUGGUCGUUCUUUUACAAUUCGCAGUAAUGAUUCCUUGUGGACCAAACCUAAAUUGAAUUCAACUUUCUGUGUUAAUUCAGUUCUCAGCAAAAGUCCAAGUUCAGUAUCUGAUACUGUGUUCAUCAAACCCUCUUUCAACAAGUAUCAGAAGUUGAUCAAAGACGAUUCUGACUCUGAUUUAGACGAGAGCAUCAGUUCCUUGUGUAUAGGCAGCCCGAAAAAGGCUAAAAGUAAUGGUUCAAUUUUUUCUUUGCGUAAGUUUACUGCCACGCCCAACUUCGUCGCUCCAACACCUCUAAAUAAGUCAAGGCCUCUGAUAUCGCCAAGUAAACUAGGACAUAGUACAUCCUGGGUUGCAGGUGGAUACUGGGGUUCGGAAGGCGAGCGCCAAAUAUUCAAUAUAAAUGGCAGUCGUUCGUCGAGUCAAAGUUCAGGAUUCGAAUCUCAAGCAUCCAGCAUGAAUCAAAGAAAUGUCUUGUCGCAGCCGUCUUCCCGUGAGGAGUCGGUGUGCGGCGAGCCGGACAGGUCUUCGAUGUUGAUGGAUAGAUUCCAGAAUUGUAACAUGAACAGCUGUAAUGGCACCUAUCAAGCCCCGCAGAACUUCUCUCGUAUUAGCUCGCCGGUUUAUCCUCAGAUGCAGUACAAUAACCAUGUACAAAUUCCUCAACCGAGAUUUGCUCAACAAUCAGUAUCUCAAAAUGUGUUCACACAACAACAGCAGUACAUACAAACCAACAUGUUCAAGACCCCGGGCGGAUCGGGUCUCAUCAAACUGCCUCAAACUACCUCAUUCGCCUCGCGCUAACGACAGCUGCUAGUCAGUGUUCAAGUUUCCAAUCAAUUUACUUUUGACUUAUACGUAUUUUAUGUCUUAUAUUCUUUGAACCCUUUUGAUGUGUCACGGACUGCCAGAUUCUUUGUUAAGUUGUAUCAUGUUAGCUGUAAGCGGUAGUUAUAAUAGUUGUAUCAUUUGAGACUAAAACUUAGUGUAAGAUUAUGCUGAUCUCGUAAUGGUGCCAGGUUGACGGCGAUAUGAAAGCAUUAAGAAUUAUUGAUGUAGUUUAUAUAAACGGACGUCACUGUCCUAUUCUCGAACAAAAUGUGAUAUUGUAAAGACUA